AUGGUUGCCUGUGCGGGCAACCAUAUAAAACUGAGUGAAGAUGGCGGUACGAAGUUCCAGUGUCCAUGGUGUGGCAAGACUUUCACGCGCAGACUUCACCUUGACAACCACGUGAACUCACAUACCGGAAACAGACCGUACAAGUGUGACAUGUGCAAUAAACGCUUCACACAGAAAUCUCACUUGACCACGCAUAAAUGCUGGGCAGACGUCUAUAAGCGACCCUUGCCGUAUAACAACCCUAAGGCCCUGUUAUAUCGGCAGCAGGCCGAUUAUUGUCGCCCCGAUCAGCUCUGCCCUACUGUUGCCUUGAAUGCAGACAUGUCCUGUCGCCAGAAGCUGUUCCACUGUACGUUCUCUGCGUGCCGAAAGUGCUUCACGAGCCGGACGCAGCUUCAGAUCCACACGCGGACGCACACAGGAGAGAAACCUCACAAGGGUCUCAACUGCGGCAAGGCGUUUGCACAAAGCAACAACUUGUAUCGGCACCUCAGGGCCAGUAAGGAAUGUGCUGGUACAGUGGCUAUACCCGACGAUCUUCGAAGUUGCAGAUAUAAGCAAUAA